AUGCCGCUGGCAUUUAAGGAAGAGUAUUUGAUGACGGCCAUGCUUGCGGUCGCCGCACGGCACCUCAGCAUCCUACGACCGCAGGAAACAGCCUACUUGGAAGCGGCGAUGGCCCUCUUGUCCCGCAGCUGCGCAAUUUUCAGCACCGUGCUUGACCGCAGCGACAAGUACGACCCGCUGUUCUUUACGGCGCAGCUCAUUCACUAUCUCACGUGGAGUAAUCUGGAGUUUCUCAAGGACGAGGGUGUCUCGGACAGCCCUGUGCUGGACCUCUCGUGCGACCAGCUUUUCCUCCUCAGUUCUGGCGUGAGGGUAUUUCUGUCGAGAUCAAGAGCACAGGGUUCCGACAGUAUCUUUGCCAAAAUGUGGCAGAACUCCCAGUGUGAUGCGCUUGAUCUUAUUGUCACGGAGCAAGGGAUGGACCGUGGAAGCAUCGUCGAGGGAUUCAUGAAGCGUUACGAUGAGUUGACACCCGUCGCAAGCCCAAACGGUUCGCUUGCAGAGGUGACUAACACGGCUCCGAACGACAUAGAACGUGCAUCUUUCCGGGGCAUCGUCGAUAUUUUGUCAGUCAUCCUGGCCCUCUGGAACUAUCGCGAGACCAGCACUCGGUCGAGUGAGAGAUCGGACCUGGAGCGCUACAUCCUCGCCUUCCCGCUGUUUUGCUUCGGGCCGUUUCUGGACAUGAUUGUCGCAAACGACUCGAGGGCUUUGCUUGUGCUGUAUCACUUUUACCAUACCUCACAGUUGCUUCUGGGGGACAGAGAGACCUGGUGGGCAUCAGAUCGGAUGAAGACUAUGUCGCGUUUGAUCAAGCAAGAACUGACAAGGCGUCGUCUGGAGACCUCGGUAGUGGGACUGGGUUCAUAG